AUGGAAAAAUGUACCAAGUGUCCGGAUGACAAAUAUCCAAAUGAGGACCGAGUUCAAUGUAUCCCCAAAGUUAUAUCCUUCCUGUCUUAUGAAGGAAAUUUGGGUAUCAUCCUGGUCUGCUUUGCUCUUUUCAUUUUCCUAAUCACAGGCUUUAUUUUAAUCCUAUUCAUUAAAAACCUAGAAACUCCCAUUGUCAAAGCCAACAACCGGGACCUCUCUUACAUACUCUUGGUUUCCCUCCUGCUUUGCUUCUUGUCUACUUUUCUCUUCAUUGGUCAACCAAGGAAAGCCACCUGCCUUCUCCGACAAACAGUUUUCAGCAUCACCUUCUCAAUUGCCAUUUCUUCUAUCUUGGCCAAAACAAUCACGGUUGUGUUGGCUUUCAUGGCCACAAAACCAGGCAACCGAGUCAGGAGAUGGUUGGGGAAGGGCUUGGCCAACUCCAUCAUCCUUUCUUGUUCUGCUGUCCAAAUUAUAAUCUGCUCCAUCUGGCUUGGAGUUUCUCCCCCAUUCCCUGACUCUGACUUUCAUUCCCAACCUGGAGUGAUCAUCCUGCAAUGCAAUGAAGGAUCUGUUGUCAUGUUCUAUAUCACCCUCAGUUAUCUGGGCUUCCUGGCUGCCAUCUGCUUCACUGUGGCUUUCCUGGCCAGGAACCUGCCUGGGCCUUUCAAUGAAGCCAAGCUAAUCACCUUCAGCAUGCUGGUCUUCUGCAGUGUCUGGGUGACUUUUGUGCCCUCCUACCUGAGCACCAAAGGGAAAUACAUGGUGGCUGUGCAGAUCUUCUCCAUAUUGGCCUCCAAUGCUGGUCUGCUGGGCUGCAUCUUCAUCCCCAAGUGCUACAUUAUCAUUCUGAGGCCAGACCAGAAUACAAAAGGCCAGCUUACAACCAGAAAAAAUGUAAAAAUGUGA